AUGAGGGGACCCCGACCACACCGACCAGGAGUGCCCGUGCUGGCCAGGCGGGGCACGCUGCUGGCAGGGGGCCUAGUAUGUACAGCAGUGGUGCUCUUGGUGCUCAGACUAUCGGUACGUCCAGCCCAUGGACGCGUAGUUCAGCCACCACAUCCAAGUGAAUCUGUGGCAGGCUCAGCACGGGAUCCCCCUCCUUGCUGCCCUCUGCAGCCCCUGGGCCUUGACUUGUCCUCAUCCGGGGAGGGCCUGGAGCGAGCCUACAGGAGCCAACGAUUGGGCAACGUUCCCAUGCAGCGGUUCUGCCGGCUUGGGGUCCAGGCACCCCAGAACACCACGGAGCACACCCUGGCUGUGCUCAUUCCAUACCGAGAUCGGCAGGAGCACCUGCAGAAGCUCAUGCCUGCCCUCAGAACCCACUUGGACGAACAAAAACUGACGUAUGACAUCUUCAUAGUGGAACAGGCCGACAUGUAUCUCUUCAAUCGGGGAGCGCUGUUGAAUGCCGCCAUGCUGCUCUUGCAAGGCUCCGCCUACGACUACUUCAUCUUCCAGGAUGUCGACACCAUCCCCAGGCCGGGCAGCGGAAUACGGUAUGCAUUUCCAUCGGGCCCAGUUCCGCUGCAUCUCACCCCUUUUGGCAUCCACCCCAAGGCCAACUUUGAGGAUUUUUUUGGAGGCAUCCUGAGCAUCAGCCAGCAGCAGAUCAGCCGUGUCGAUGGCUUUGGCACAGACUUCUGGGGGUGGGGCAGGGAGGAUGACAACCUGAAGCUGCGGUUGCAGAACCAUGGGUUGUGGCCUCCCCAGUACCCUGAUGUGCCCAGGGGAACUCAACACGGCCCUUACUUCAUCCACCAGCGCCACAAACAGGCGGCAGAGCUGCGCGGCAAGGACCGGGGGGGUGACCUGGGCAUGGAGUACUUCCAGGUGCUGCCAACUAAAGAGUUUGGCGCGGCCAAGAUCAUGAGCAGCCAGCCCCAAUUCCUGCGCGACACCGCCACCGGACUGAGCACCACCCGCUUCAGGCUGGAGCGCAUGCAGCCCUGGCAGGGCGCCGUGAUGAUUGGUGUGAGUCUGGCCUGCGACACAAAACGCACGCCCUGGUGCGACCCCGCCACGCUUUCCCGCGACGCCGCCGGGUCCAAGGCCACCGCCGCCAAGCUGUCUCUGCCCUGA